UGUCCCAUUACACAAGUUGUUAUGUAGCUAUAUGGGCUACUUUGAAUCUGCACCAGGAAGUGUUGGACUGCUAACCCUGAGCUCAAUGGUCGCAACGACUAGACUCCUUUUGAUUUGGCGUCAUUUUACCCACAGUAGAACGAGAGAUAUGUCUUCCAAAACACAGAUGCCGACUCCAGAGACCGCUCUCCCCGGGAGAAGUGAGAGUUUAAAAGUAUCAGCCAAGCACGAUGUCAACGGCAACAGGACCGUACCACCAUUCCCCGAGGGACUGCAGAUGGCUAUGUUUGGGAUGGGCUGUUUCUGGGGCGCAGAGAGAAAGUUCUGGAAGCAGAAGGGAGUCUACUCCACCCAGGUGGGCUAUGCUGGAGGCCUCACCCCCAACCCCACCUACGAAGAGACCUGCACAGGUAGGACAGGCCAUACUGAGGUGGUGCGGGUGGUCUGGGAGCCAAAGAAGACCAGCUUCUCUAAACUGCUCAAGGUGUUCUGGGAGAGCCACAACCCAACUCAAGGCGACACAAAACCCCAGAGAAAUCUGGCUCUGUGGUAA